AUGGCAAAUGCUCCUGAAGGAUAUUCUUCCGACCCCGAAUCAAAGGACCCCAACGACCAAAAAGGCCCUGCUGAAGUUUUCAAAACAGCUAAACAUUUCAAAGGUGAUGUAGAAGAAGCAGUGGGUAAAGUCAUUCGAGAUGGAACUAUUUGGGAAAAGGGAAAAACCAUGAAGGGGCACAUCGAAAGUCCUGCAGAAGCGUAUUGCUCUACUUUACAAACACAAAACUCGUCAAUGUGA